CCCGGGCAACCAGUCCCAUUGGCUGAUAAACAUUAAUUCUGGUUGGUCAAGUAUAAGCCUCAAAUUGUCGCAGGUCACCAGUCAACAGUGGGUCGGUGUGUCCUGUUGAACAUGGUAUACACAAAAUGCAGUUACCCUGGAUACCUGCAUUACCACCACCGCAGCUGCUACGGGUGAAUGUCAUCAGAGCGUGAAGAAGUUUUGAUAUGACAUUUUGAUGGAAGUAUCAUCGAUUCCGUGUUGAUUUACGAUCGAACCAUAGCGAGCAAUCCCACUCUGAUUUUUAUUUUGUCUGAUGCAUCAGACAAAGUGUAGCGCUAGCGGUGAGGGUACGAGUGGAGACAAAAACCUCGACGCUGUCUAGCUAUCAUUCACUGGAACAAACGGGAGGAGCCAUAGUCAUCAGUGGGCGCGAUUGCAUCUGAGUUAAUUGAGACGAACACUCUGGUAGCUGGUGCAAGUGGGUAUGGUCUUGUCGAGAAUUGUCCCCCGUUUUUUUCCUAUUAGGCCUACAUUGCUAAUUGUCAUACCUACUGUUGCCUGUGACGUUUUCGAUGGAUGUUGCAACUCAGUCAACCAAUCUAUAACACAUUAUAACCGACAAGUUUUACGAUCCAUAAUAUUAACCCACUCGGCCUAACUACUUGACUUCGAACUCCAUCUGUGGUGGCGAUUUUGAGUAUUGUUUUACAACGGAAGCAUGGCGUGUGUGGCGUUCCUGAAGGCCCUGCUGGGCCGUUGCCUCUUCGCUAUUCACGGCAUCAUCACCAUUUGGCGAGUGACGGAGGUGUAUUCGGAGAGGAUCUACUAUCUUCUCGUCAUCCCGGUUUGUCUGCUUCCUCUGGAGUUAAUAGUUACGCUGAAAUUCACCGACAGGGGAGAGUGGAAAUGGUUUUGUCCAAGCGUGUUGUUGUACUUGGCUAGUGUGGUGCCGGGGCUGUGGCUCCUGCAAUUCGAUUUGUACGACAAACGCAUCGCCUACCGCGACUCAAUGGGCUGGAAGGAUUGCUCGUCGCAGACCGCCUACAAUUCAUCGGGUCUUACCUCCGAUGUUGCAGGGUUUCAGGUCAUCAUUCCCGUGGCCCUAUCUGACGAUUCCUGGGCAUUGGGCUUGGAGCAAUUCCUGCUUGCUCUCCUGAUUGUUGGAAGAUGGCUUCUCCCCAAGGGAGCGCUCACGCGCGACCAGCUCUCCCAGCUGCUGCUUGUCUACAUUGGCAUGGCGGCCGACAUCUUGGAGUUUUCCCUGGAGAGUCUCAAGGAGCAGGUUGUCAUCUGCAACCUUCUCCUGAUCAUUAUCAUCCUGGGCAUGUGGAGCUGGAGCUUGCUGCAGUUCACGCUGGUGCUGACGUCGGUGUCUGCUCCCCGGACCCGGGCCGCCAGGGUCACCGGUGGGCGCUCCUGCCGGGGCGCCUUGGGCUGCUGCUCUAACGAGAUCUGGGCCCUGUGCAUCACCAUCCUCAUGCAGGAUGGCCCGUUCCUUGGUAUGCGUCUCUAUCUACUAAUUUACCACAACGUCAUCAAUCAGAUGAUGUUGUUCUUCACCAUCAAGAACACUAUGGUCAUCGUGCUACAGUUCUACAGGAUGGCCAUCGUAUGUCACGGCGAUACAUCCAGCACGGUCAGCAGCACGCAUACACAUGCCAUAGAGGCAAGUGAAGAGCAACUCAAAACACGGUCGCCAGCAAUGCCUUAAGUGGUUUUCUGAUACAGAUCCAAGACCAGAUCUCCAUUGCAUAGUUUUUAAGUAUUUUGUCGGACAUGACAUUCUCACAGUUCGUUAUCAUUUCAAACGCCACCAGAGACACUUUGCACUGGGGUAGAUUAUUCGGUUACAGCCCGAUGGUCCAAAGGUUCGAUAAUCCGAAGAGUCAUAAGUCCGAAGGUUCGUUGGCCGAAGGUUCAAUAGUCCGAAGGUUCGAUAGUCCGAAUUGCGAAGGGCCCAUUAGUCCGAAAACAGAAGGUUAAAUAGUCCGAAUGUUCGAUAGUCCGAAUAGACGAUAGGGUUCCAUAGUCCGAAUCGACAAUA